UCAAAGGUGCCGGCGGCGGGGAGCGUGUCGGCCACGCGCACCCGGCAUGCCGCCGUCCCACCCCCUCGCGCCACCGCCGCCAAUCGGAGCCGAGAGGCGCAGAGCUUCGCUGCCGCGGGCGCUCCACCAUUGGCCAGCGGCGGGCGGGGGGGCGGGUCGAGCCGGGCCGGGCUGCGGCGCGCUGUGUGCCGCGCUGCCGGGUCCGGAGGGCGCUCCCGCACGCGGGGCUCAGGUGGCGGUGGCGGUUCCGGACUCGCUCUCGCCGCGGCCCCGCCCCCGCCGCCCGCCCAGCCCCCGCCGCCGCCCGUCGCUGUCUGACAGGAGGUACCAUGGCCUCACGCAAGAGCUCCAGAGGCGCCGGCGGCAGCCCCGUCCCCGGCUCCAAGAGAGAGUCUAAACAUGGAGGAAGCAAGAAUGGAAAGAAAGAAGGCCUCUCUGGAAGCUCAUUUUUCACCUGGUUUAUGGUAAUUGCUUUGCUGGGAGUUUGGACAUCAGUAGCAGUUGUCUGGUUUGAACUUGUAGAUUAUGAAGAAGUUCUAGGCAAGCUUGGCUUAUAUGAUGCUGAUGGAGAUGGAGAUUUUGAUGUGGAAGAUGCUAAAGUAUUGCUAGGCCUUAAAGAAAGAUCUGUCCCAGCACAGCCAACGUCACCAGAAUCUGAGGAGACCACCCAGCCUGCUGAGAAGUCAUAUGUUGAAUCAGAGCACCAGAAUGCUGGCAUAGAAUCGGAAGAGGAAAUUCAGUCUGUUCUUCGUGAAGCUCUCCAUUCCCAGCCUGGAGAGAGACAUGAAGAUGUUGAUGAAAGCGUAAAUGAUGAGUGGCAAGUGAAGGAAGAAACACCUGGAGAAGCUUCUGAAGCUCCUGUAACAGAUGACUUGCUGAGAGAAUUAGAGAAUGAAAUUCCAGAAGCAUAUGAGGCACCAGACUCAGAUCAGAAAGAUGCUGAUCUUUUGGCAGAUGAUCUUGAAGCAAUGGAGCCUGAACCAUAUGAAGCUCCAGUUUCAUAUGAAUAUGAUAUGGAUGUGGAAAAGACAGUAAGUGAUCCAGAAGCUCCAGGUGACUCUGAACAAAUGCCAGAAGAUGCUAUUGAACAUUACACAGAGGAUAGAGUGCAUGGAGAUUAUAAUGAAGACCAUGAACCAAAACAUGAAGAGCAGACUGAGGCUCAAGAUAUAGCUGUCGAGGACCUUCUGGAGGAGGUGAUUGAAGUCACAGAGCCAGACUUUGAUAAAGAGCCAUCAGAAAGUAAGCAUACAGAAGAUGAUGUGGCCACUGAACCAGAGGAAUCAGAAAUGCCUAUUCAAGCUGAGGAUUAUUCAAAUGACGAUCUAGUGGGGAAAAGUGAAAAAGAAACUGAAAAAGACAAAACAGGAAAAGCUAAAAAGAAGAAGAAGCCAAAGCUCUUAAACAAGUUUGAUAAGACCAUUAAAGCUGAACUAGAUGCUGCAGAAAAAUUACGUAAAAAAGGAAAAGUUGAAGAAGCUCUAAGGGCCUUUGAAGCAUUAGUGAGUCAAUAUCCACAGAGUCCUCGAGCAAGAUACGGGAAAGCACAGUCUGAAGAUGACUUAGCUGAGAAAAUGAGAAGUAAUGAGAUGCUGCAAAAAGCCAUCAAUACCUACGAUGAGGUGGUUAGUCUGCCAAAUGUCCCUUCAGAUCUGAUAAAACUGAGCUUGAAACGAGAAGCAGACAGGCAGCAGUUUCUUGGUCGCAUGAGAGGUUCCCUGGUUACUCUACAGAAAUUAGUUCAGCUGUUUCCAAGUGAUACUUCAUUGAAGAAUGACCUUGGUGUUGGUUACCUCUUGAUAGGAGAUAACAGCAAUGCCAAGAAAGUAUAUGAAGAGGUUCUAAGCCUAGCUCCAAAUGAUGGCUUUGCCAAAGUACAUUAUGGCUUCAUCCUGAAGGCAGAAAACAAGAUAGCAGAGAGCAUACCCUAUCUAAAGGAAGGACUAGAGUCUGGUGAUCCCGGCACAAAUGAUGGACGCUUUUAUUUUCAUCUGGGUGAUGCCUUGCAGAGAAUGGGAGACAAAGAGGCAUACAAGUGGUAUGAACUUGGAUACCAAAGAGGUCAUUUUGCAUCAGUUUGGCAGCGCUCCCUCUACAAUGUCAAGGGACUAAAAGCUCAACCUUGGUGGACAGCAAGGGAAACUGGUUACACAGAACUGGUGAAGUCUUUAGAAAAAAACUGGAAGCUAAUUCGGGACGAGGGGCUUGCUGCGAUGGAUAAAAAAAGAAACCUUUUCCUGCCUGAAGAUGAGAAUCUACGAGAGAAAGGAGACUGGAGCCAGUUUACCUUAUGGCAACAAGGAAGGAAAAAUGAGAAUGCUUGUAAAAGUGUUCCAAAAACAUGCACUUUAUUGGAAAGAUUCCCGGAAGCUACUGGCUGCAGAAGAGGGCAGAUCAAAUAUUCUAUCAUGCACCCGGGGACUCAUGUCUGGCCCCACACAGGGCCCACCAAUUGUCGGCUAAGGAUGCAUUUGGGCUUGGUGAUACCUAAGGAAGGCUGCAGAAUUCGGUGUGCCCAAGAGAACAGAACCUGGGAAGAAGGGAAAGUUCUUAUUUUUGAUGACUCUUUCGAACAUGAAGUAUGGCAGGAUGCUGAAAGUUAUCGCCUGAUAUUCAUUGUGGAUGUGUGGCACCCUGAGUUAACAGCACAACAAAGACGCACCCUUCCUGCUAUUUAAGGGGUUCCUUCUGAUGUGCGGAGCAGCGGAGCUUUAAUCCCUUUGGAGUAUGCAUAUAGGAUUAAUUUAUCCAGUGUACGAAGAAUACAAAUAUUGUGAGGGUUUAAAGAGAUAAGGAUGACAUUCUGCAAUCACAGAGGACUUGAUUUUAAAAAAGGAAAAAAGAAGGAAAAAAAAGCCAUGUUUUGUUUCAUACUGCUGCAGCACUGAUACGUAUUGUUGUUAUGGCUGCAAGUUUUAAAAAUACAAAUCUUGUCAGCCAAAGAGCAAUAGGUCUGGAUUUUCAAACUGAGGAAUGUGCAGAUGUUUUUACCAUGCCUAUAUUAUGUAUGCAAAAACCAGUCAGUCAGUCACCUGCCUGACCAUGUUCAGGCACAAGAUUUGCGAUUCUACAUCUGGGAAGCAACAUGUAAGAUAUUUACAAAUAUAUGCACACAACCAACUUUGAAAAUCAGUAUGCAGUUGUAAUGUUAGCUGCUUUAGCCAUAGAACAUGUCCCUUUGUUAUAUCAACUGUAGAUAAUGUGAACGGGUUAUGUGUGGUUUGUAUUUUUUUUAUCCUGAAUGACUAUUUUUCUAGCAUAAUUAUGAACAAAUCUUCUUUAAUCAACCACUAUUUUUUAAAAAACAAUAUAUAUGUAAGUGCAUCUCUAGCUAUCAGCAGAAGGAAAACACUACAUAUUAACAGAUUUCAUUUUUGCAAAGUGUGGCCUUGUCUUGCCUUCCUGGAAAUACAAAGAGAAAUUUGCAUAAUCAGCUGCUUAGUGAAGCUUUGUUCUUCUAAAACAAAAUAGUUUUCUUACUUAGCAGGCAACCUUCAGUUUGAUAAUGUGAUUUUGGAAGAUCUUGAGCAAAUGUGACAUCUCUAGGCGCAGAUCUUAAAGUGCUUGACAGUACUUAGGAUUAUGUGGUGAACUGCUAUUUCUCCUAUCGUUACAAAAGCUUGUGUUGUGACAUCCAUUUUCUACCCAGCAAAAGUCUGGGGGAUCCCCUUCCAGGGGCUUCUUCUAGGCUGCCCUUGGGUGGUUGUUCAGCAGAAGAAAAAUACGUGAAGAAUUUCUUGUGCUUUGGGCAGAAGGACAAGGUCUAACUUGGCUUCCUGCCAGAAUGCAGAGCAGACAAAGGGCUUCAGGUUAUUAACUUGUAUUAACUUCUGCUGCCAGCAUCCUAGAGAGUGCCAGAAUGCUCCUUUAAUUGACCUAAUGGUGUUUUCCUUGUCUUGAAACGUAUGACAUAAUGCUGAAGUAGCCUUAUGCCAGUACUGUUUACAGUAUGCUCUAUAUUUGCCAUACAGAAUUUGCUAUAUGGAAAAAAGGCCUGUUUUGAAGACAGAAAACUGGUUGCAUAUUUAAGCAGUUCUUUGGUCUUUCAGGUUUAUACUAUUUAAUGGCAGGUGGAGGGUGCAGGACCCUCUGCUGUUAACUUCUAAGAACACUAACAGGAAAGAGAGACUUGAGGUUGCACUGAAGAUGUUUAUGGCUGGCUGUUCUCUACUCACCUGCAAAACCAGCCGGGUGUGGGUAGGUGUGCUAGGACGCUCAGGGCUUGUCAGGAGCAGUGGCAUCAUUACCAGGGUUGUGAGAGACAAACACUAAGCAAGGAGACAUUGAGGUUACUUAAUCUCCACAGCUUUGGCUUUGUUGUCCAAAAGACACUGAACAGUCAUGUUAUUUGUUUAAUGUUCAGUGGUUUUGUACUGCAGAGACCACGUCAUGGUACCUAAGUAUCAUGACUAGAAUGCCAUGUUUGCUGGAGCAAAAUACAGAUAAGAGCUGUGCAUUCCCAUAAACUGAAUGCUUUUCAGUUUUUGUGUUUUACUAGGUAAUUAAAUCUUAUAAUGCCACGUAACACAUGGUGAUUGCACCAUAAAUUAAUGUAACCAGUUUCUGGAGGUGUGCACUUUAAUUUCCUUUUUGACUAUUAAACUGAUAAACCCUCUCUGAUCAAGAGUCAGUUUUAGACAGCUAUGAUAAUGAGGCUUUAGUGUAUUGUCCGUAUCAAAAAUAACACUGAGACUAUACACAAUAUAGUCUCUGUAACGGUUGUCGGUUAAUCAUCAUGAAAACUUAAAAUAUUUAGAAUUUUCAUGCUUAAGAAAAUUUAAAAAUACUUUUGGAGAGCUUUAGGAGAAUUGUGCAAAACUGGAAAUAAGGUACUUGGCAUUGUGCGGGGUCAUAGGACAAAAGUUUUUCAAAUCUGCUGGUAGUUGUUCAGCCAGAGGCUGUAUUUUGUAUCUCUGUAAGGUGAUCAAGCAGUACAAAUCAUGAACUAUUUUGUAAUUCUGUAAAAUAAAGACAUAGUUUGUAAAGAAGAAAUCAAGAACUUUUGAAAUCAA